AACAAUAUGCGUCUAGUGAACGUAUUUUGUGUUAUCUUCAUAAGUUUCCUGCUUGAAAUAUACGCCAAUUCUGAAUAUUUGGCUGAAAGUUCUAACAAUGUCAAUCCACGUUUCAAGAGAGAUGAUGGAGGAGUUCCAGAGCUCGUGGUGGAAACCUUGUUCAUACUCGAUUAUUCCAUCUACAGACUCUGGAUGACUUACUACCAAAACAAUAAAGAUAAGGCCAUAGAGUCGAUUCGAUACCACUUUGCUACAAUUGCACAAGGAAUCGAUCGUGUAUAUCAAGGGAAUGAUGGUAUGAAAUACAAGUACUCAGUUAAAAUGGUCGGGUAUUAUAUCUGCCAGACACCAUCCGACUCGGAUUUCAUCGAGCGGUACAAGACUCGAGAGACCGAGUUCAACAUAGACGCGGCACUCCUUCAACUCUCAAAAUGGAAUGGGGAGCGUUUGGAGUCAAAACAGAGCAAUGUCGUUCUACCGAAAUUUGACCUCGCAAUUGUUUUUACGAGUUACUCUUCAGGUUUAAUGCGUGGUCUGGCUUACCCGAAGGCCGCAUGUACAACUGGAGGUGUCGGAAUUGUAAGAAAUUUGGGUCAGCUGACGACCACAUUCACCGCGGCUCAUGAAAUUGGUCACAUUUUAGGAGCAGGUCAUGACGGGUACCAGAACACUUGCUUCCGCAAGGACAACUACUUGAUGAGUGGCAGUAGUGACACAUACGAUAGGAACAACUACACCCAAUUCUCUCCGUGUUCGAAAAAAGAAUUAGACGACUAUGUCACACAAUUGGAUAGCGAGAAAAGGAACUGUAUGUUGAAAACUGACUUGAACGACAAGCACGAAGAUAUAGAAGUGCCAGCAAGUUAUCUACCGGGGACAAUUCACUCGCCAGAUGCACAAUGCCACUUGAUGUAUGGAAACUCCAAGUACAAAUUCUGUAAUCCAACAGACGGAAACUAUUCCUCGAUAUGUUCCAAAUUUACCUGCUACGAUAAUGAAAAGCAGUUUUGCUCGUACGACGGGGGAAAGGCGAUGCCAGGAACUCCGUGUGGUGACAAGAUGUGGUGCAUUGGUGAUAAGUGCGUCAGUGAUGACAAAGCUUCUGAAAAGAAAGAUCCGUGCAUGUUUGGAGAUUUCACCGGUGAAUUCAAAGCCAACGACGGUAGACUCUACUCAUGUAAAAAUUUCCAGUCGAACCUAAAAGGCUGCAACAUUCCGGGCGUUAGGUCAUUCUGCUGUAAAACUUGCCCUAACACAGCUUCAGGUGUCUGCGCAUCGGACCCUCAACACGAAUGGUGUCAAAGAAACUUGAGAAAUGAAAGUGACAAACAGAGAUUAUGCCCGGAGUAUGCUGCUGAAAUGUGCUGCAAUACCUGUUACAAAUAUUUGAAGAAGAAAAAUUGAAAUGAUUCCAUGGGCCAUCCAUCUAUUUUCAUCCUACCGUCCAACUCUAUGCUAUGAUGAGAAAUUCAAAAUUUCACAUUCGAAGAAUAUAAAAAUUAUGAACAUUUAUUUCAUUGAUUGUAGAAUUGACUAAUUGUUUUCAAAAAUUUAAAAUUAUUAUUUAAAAUAAUUUUUUAGAACAUUCAUUUAGGAAUGGUUUUGUAAUAAACAACUGUUU